UGAAAACGCUGUGUAAUAUUAAUGUUAUUUGCAAGAUCACAGUGUUCAACAGAAUUAUCUUGAACAUUAUACGUGUACUAACUACAUAUUACAUAUGUCACAGAAUAUUUGAAACAUAAUUUAAGUAAAGUACUGAGUGGUGACUUGCAAUAAUGGGUUUUUAGUUUUUUUUAGGUUUGAUAUGAUAUUAAAAAUUUUCUUAACAGCUCCAUUACUAAGAAGUUACUCUCAAUUUCGUCAAUUUUCUGUGAUGGAUGAGACAAAGAUUAUACAAUUCAUAAAAUUAUGCAUACCACCAUUAGAUGGAACACACCACAAAGGUCAAUCAGGACGAAUAGGAGUUGUAGGAGGCUCACUCGAAUAUACGGGCGCUCCUUAUUUUGCAGGCAUAAGUGCUUUGAAAGUUGGUGCUGAUUUAGUUCACAUAUUCUGUACAACACCAGCAGCCUCAGUGAUCAAAUCAUACAGUCCUGAAUUGAUAGUUCAUCCUUUACUUGACGCAACAAAUCCUAUAAAUGAAAUAUCACCUUGGCUUGAAAGGCUUCAUGUUAUAGUUAUAGGACCAGGCUUAGGAAGAGAUGCCAAAACGUUUCAAGUUGUUUCAGAACUGAUAAAAUUAAUUAACUACAAAAAAAUACCAUUGGUUAUUGAUGCUGAUGGUUUAUAUUUAAUAACAGAAAACCCUAAGCUGUUAGAAGAUUUUACAUCACCAAUUAUAUUGACGCCAAAUAAAAUAGAAUUUGAAAGGCUCAUUAAUAAAUUAAAUGGUGAAACUGGGUUAACAACACUUGGAAAAAGUGUAACUAUUUUAAGAAAAGGAGAAGCCGAUGAAUUGUUUAGUUAUGACUCUCAAUUAAAGUGGAAAAAUAAAACUGGAGGAUCUGGAAGGAGAUGUGGUGGUCAAGGUGACCUACUGUCAGGAUCUAUUGCAACAUUCCUUCAUUGGUCUCUGGUUUCCUCAGAAAAACUGAAUAUUGGAAUACAAGUUGAUAAAGCAUUGUUUGCAUCAUCUCUGUCAUGUUUUGCAGCUUCUAGAUUAAUAAGAACAUGUAAUUCAAAGGCAUUUUGUGAAAAAGGCAGAAGUAUGUUAGCGACAGACAUGUUUGAGCAUAUUCAUGGUGCAUUUCAGGAAUUGUAUGAAGAAUAAGUUAUUAGUAAUAAAUGGCCAUGAUUUUAUGUGAUUGUGAUGAUGUUUGUAUUAAAAUAUGGUUUAUAAGUCAUAAGUAAACAUUUCUGCACUUUACAAAAAUAAAAUUUCCUAUUUAAUCAAUAAACCUGAACUUUGCUGUUCAAUCACUUAUAAUGCAGUUAUGCUUUAAUUAAGCCACUCGCAAUGUGCACUGUUUACCAACAAAAAAUUAAAAAUGAGGGUAUAAAUUGCUAGUAAUUUCACACCUAAUAACUUUGUUCUUAAGCUAAUGAAAAUAAAUUUGAUUUAUAAGCUUGGAAAAAUUAGAUAUAGUUAAAAUAUUUUGGAUAACAUUUUAUGUAAAAACAAUAAUAUGUAAAUUAAAAUAAAUAAGUUAUGAAAUUACAUGCAUUUUCUACCUUCAUCUCUAAUUUGUUUGUGAGUAAACAGUGCACAUCAAGUACGCUUUUAGGUGAUAUAUUUAUAAAGUUUUUUAUUGGUAAGUCGGGUAUAUAAAAUAUAUUUAUAAAAUCAAUCAAAUAUUA